AUGGCAGAGAGGUUGCCAGUUAUUUUCCUCCUAGCUUCACAUUUGUUUGUAUCCGGAGUGUUGUCGAUGAGUAUCCUUACCAUAGAGAACAAAUGCAACCACACGGUUUGGCCAGUUAUCUACUCAUGGCAAUCACAGCUCUCCACAACAGGCUUCACUCUCGGAAAAGGCGAAGCCCGUGCCUCACAAGCCCCAUCUUCAUGGUUCGGUCUUAUCUCCGGUAGAACACUUUGCUCAAACGACUCUAAAGGAAACUUCUCUUGCGUCACAGGAGACUGCGGAUCAAGCAACAUCGAAUGUCCCGGCUCAUACAGCUGGUCUAACGUGACUUAUGUCUACUUUAGAAUCGACUACGGCGGAAGCAACAGCCACACGAUCAGUCUUGAGUAUGGUUACAACCUUCCGGUUCUAGUGGUCCCGUCAGAGAGUAGCCAGGCGUGUUUUAGCUCCGGUUGCAUAGUUGACUUGAACAAGACUUGUCCAGAUGAUCUUAAGGUGUUCGACGGGGCUAAACCAAUCUCAUGCAGUAGCGCGUGCCGAGGUUCCGCGACGCCGGAGAAUUGUUGCACCGGUUUUUUUAAGUCGAAGCAAAACUGCAAGCCGACGAUGUACUCGCAGAGCUUCGAGCGAGCUUGUCCAUACGCGUAUAGCUAUCCUUACAACGAUAAUAACAGCACUUUCACAUGCACAAACUCGACUAAUUACGUUAUUACGUUUUGCCCUUCCUCCAUUCCCAGCAUCCCCAGAAGCGUCACGGCAGGAGGAAAACGAGGCGUAGCAGCUUUAGCUGUGUUGAUCAUAACUGUUGCCAUUGCGUUGAUGGUGAGAGCAAAUAACGCAAAAAGAAAGAGUUAUUCGAACGACGAGAACAUUGAAGCGGCUGUAAUGUUGAGACGAUAUAGUUAUGAAAACGUCAAGAAGAUGACGAAUUCAUUUGCUCAUGUUCUUGGGAAAGGAGGAUUUGGAACUGUCUACAAAGGAAAGUUACCCGAUGCCAGCGGCCGAGAUAUUGCAAUAAAGAUCUUGAAUGAGUCAAAAGGAAAUGGAGAAGACUUCAUCAAUGAGUUAGCCAGCAUGAGUAGAGCAUCUCAUGUUAACAUAGUUUCUCUGUUCGGAUUCUGCUAUGAAGGAAGCAAGAGAGCUAUAAUCUAUGAGUUCAUGCCGAAUGGAUCCCUUGACAAGUUUAUCUCUGAGAACAUGUCAACGAAGAUGGACUGGAAGACUUUAUACAACAUUGCGGUAGGUGUUGCUCGUGGCUUAGAGUACUUGCACAACAGUUGUGUACCAAAGAUUGUGCAUUUCGAUAUAAAGCCACAGAACAUACUCAUGGACGGAGACUUGUGUCCCAAGAUUUCGGAUUUCGGUCUUGCUAAGCUCUGGAAUAACAAGGAGAGUAUCAUAUCGUUGUUAGACGCGAGAGGCACCAUAGGGUACAUUGCUCCUGAAGUGUUCUCCAAGAACUUUGGUGGAGCUUCUCAUAAGUCGGAUGUGUAUAGUUACGGGAUGGUGGUUCUUGAUAUGAUUGGGGCAAAGAACAAGAAAAGAUCUGAAACUACUAGGUCCAACAAAAGUUCAAUGAACUUCCCGGACUGGAUCUAUGAGGAUCUCGAGAGGAAAGAGGCCAUUAGACUUGUAGGAGAUCAUAUAACCGAAGAGGAAGAAGAAGAAGAGAAGAUAGUGAAGAAGAUGACAUUGGUGGGUUUGUGGUGUAUCCAGACCAAUCCAUCUGAUCGUCCACCAAUGAGAAAAGUCGUUGAGAUGUUAGAAGGAGGCCUCGAAGCUCUUCAGGUUCCACCUAAGCCUCUCUACGAUUUACCUCUGGUAACGGCUUGGGACAUUAUCAAAGACAGCCAAGACACUUCUACUCUCUCGACACAGAGCUUGUUAGAGAGAAAAACUCUUUCCACGGACCAAGGUUCUGUAAUCGUUUCCAAGGAAAUGGUUUAA